CUUUCAUGGCCUAUUUCAACAUUAUCUUAACAAAAAUUAAAAAAGAAAAAAAAAUCAGAUAAUGAUAUAUAUUUUAGUUUUUGGUGCACCUCUUCCUGUUUAGUCUUGGACUUUAGCUUAACAAAUAAACCACACACGCAUAUAAAUAUGCAUGCCCCAUGACUACACAUCCAUAGGUUGAACUUGAAGCAACAAUCUUUUCUUAAAUUAUUUUCAAUCUAAAGAUCUUUAAAGCAAAGAUGAUUUCGAAGAAGAAGAUAACUUCGUUAAUUAUCUGUUCUUUUCUGUUGCUUCUUCUUCCAAUCGCGUUUUCUAGGCCGACAAGAAACUUAGAUGGAACAAGUCCAAGAGCUCCAACUGUUCAACAAAUAAGAAACAGACAUGGAACUAGAGAGGUCAUAGUGGACAAUGGUAUUAUUAGUGUCAGUUUCUCAAGUCCUCAAGGACUUAUAACUGGCAUCAAAUACAAAGGAGUCAAUAAUGUUCUCAGUCCACAUCAACGAGCUCGAGGGUACUGGGACAUAACAUGGCAAGGAGAAAAGACUCGUGGUGGCAUAGAUCGAAUCGAAGGAACUAAAUUUAGAAUCAUAACUCAAAACCAAGAACAAGUGGAGAUUUCAUUCUCUAGAACAUGGGAGAGUGGUUCUGGUUCUCAUAUUAUUCCAUUAAACGUAGACAAGAGGUAUAUUAUACGUACAAAUUCUUCAGGACUCUACGCAUACGGAAUUUUCGAGAGGCUUCCCGAAUGGCCAGAAGUUGAGAUGGGUCAAGUUCGAAUGGUAUUCAAACUCGACCAAGAUAAGUUUCAUUACAUGGCAGUCGCGGAUGAUAUACAAAGAGAGAUGCCAACGGACAAUGACCGCGAUAUCCAUCGUGGUCAUGCCAAGGCUCUUGGUUAUAAAGAGGCUGUACAAUUGAUUCAUCCUCAUAACUCCAUGUUCAAAGACCAAGUUGAUGAUAAAUACCAAUACUCAUGUGAGAUCAAAGACAUCAAGGUGCAUGGUUGGAUCUCAACUAAAUCCCACGUUGGCUUUUGGAUUAUCUCAUCGAGUGGCGAAUAUCGCUUUGGUGGACCGAUGAAACAAGAGCUCACAUCUCAUGUCGGCCCAACAGCCAUUGCAAGCUUUAUAAGCGGGCAUUAUGUUGGUACGGACAUGGACACACGUUACAAAAGUGGUGAAGCGUGGAAAAAAGUCUUAGGACCUAUUUUUAUUUACUUAAACUCCGGCGAUGAAUUAUUAUGGGAAGAUGCUAAACGACAGUCUAAAGAAGAAGUUAAAGCCUGGCCGUACGAUUUUGUAGCAUUCUCUGACUUUCCUUCUCGUCGAGAAAGAGGAACCGUUACCGGUCGUCUUCUAGUCAACGACGGAUUCUUAACGCCGGGGAGAUUUGCAUAUGUCGGUUUAGCACCACCGGGAGAAGCUGGUUCGUGGCAGACAAAUACUAAGGGUUAUCAGUUUUGGACAAAGACGAACGAAACCGGUUAUUUCAAGAUUGAUAACGUUAGACCAGGAACUUACAAUCUCUAUGGAUGGGUUCACGGUUUAAUCGGAGACUUUCUAUACCAAAACCUUGUUACCGGACUCGGUAGAGUUGUCUACAAGCCUCCUAGAAACGGUCCAACGCUAUGGGAGAUUGGUGUACCGGAUAGAACAGCACGAGAAUACUUUGUACCGGAGCCAUACAAGAACACAAUGAACCCUUUAUAUCUAAACCACACGGACAAGUUUAGGCAAUACGGAUUAUGGCAACGAUACACAGAGUUAUAUCCAAAUCAUGACCUCAUUUACACAAUUGGAGUUAGUAAGUAUAGCCAAGACUGGUUCUACGCUCAAGUCACAAGAAACAACGGUGAUUCGACGUACACACCAACUACAUGGCAGAUCGUGUUUCAUCUUCCAUACGUGAACAUGAGAGGAAGCUACACAUUGCAGCUAGCUUUAGCCUCGGCUGCACGGGCUAAUCUACAAGUACGGUUCAAUAACGAAUACACGAGGCCAUUCUUCUCAACGGGCUAUAUUGGAAGAGAUAAUGCUAUAGCAAGACAUGGAAUCCAUGGACUCUACCGGCUUUAUAGCAUCAAUGUACCUGGAAGAUUGCUACGAACAGGGACCAACACGAUUUAUCUUCGACAAUCUAAAGCAUCAGGACCAUUUGAAGGACUUAUGUAUGAUUACAUUCGUCUCGAAGAGCCUUCUAGAGUUUAGAUUCAUUUAGUUGUUAUAAUUUUGGUUUUGUUAUUUUAACACUAUUGGUUUAAUGUGCCAUUGAUUUUAAGUUAAAGAGUUAUUAUUACUUUAUUUAAUUAUUUCUAUACAACCAUGUUUCAAUUAGUC